AUGUUCUUCCCGUCUGCCAUGAGAGAUGUCAUGACGGACCGUCUCGGGCGCGGGCCGUUGCCUGAUUCCUUCUUUGACAGUGACUCAGCUUGUCAGAGAGCAUGGCAAAUGCGGGAAGCGAGACGAAGUCUCUCGGCCGAGACGGAGUUUGACAAAGCCGAAGCCAUUGUUGCCAAAGCACAUCAAUGCGAGGAAGGGAGCUACAUUGACUCUCGCUGGAACCUCAACGUUGGCACGCCUCUGUUGAAGUUUGUCCUGGGUGGAUCCCGAAAAAUCACACACAAGGCUCUGACUAGCAAGAUGACGACAUUAUUGAAAGAAUUUGAUCCAGUCGCAGCCGAUGCCAACGCCCAGCCUCCUAAGCAGAGCGGCAAGGUGACCAUAGGCUUGUUCCUCGAAAAUGAAGAGCUAACUGAAGCCGUCGAGGAAAAGCUAAAUACCGGGUAUGACGGCAAGGCGUCUAUGAAUCCUAGGGAGCAAACCGAUUUACGACAUUUACCCGUGGCCUGUUUCUUCGAAACGAGCGCGACACAGCCUGAGCAGGACUUAGUGGCUGAAUAG